AUGUGUCUCAAGGCCAAAUAUCCCGAUCAAAUAGUUCUGGUUCGCGGGAACCAUGAGUCUAGACAAAUCACGCAGGUCUAUGGCUUUUACGAAGAGUGCCAGCAGAAGUACGGCAACGCGUCAGUUUGGAAGGCUUGCUGUCAUGUUUUUGAUUUCCUCGUUCUUGCUGCCAUAGUGGAUGGCGAGAUUCUUUGUGUGCAUGGCGGUUUGAGCCCCGAGAUCCGGACAAUCGACCAAAUCCGGGUCGUGGCUCGUGCCCAAGAAAUUCCCCAUGAAGGUGCCUUUUGCGACUUGGUGUGGUCUGAUCCGGAAGAGAUAGACACUUGGGCAGUCAGUCCUCGUGGUGCCGGUUGGUUGUUUGGUAACAAGGUGGCCACCGAGUUUAACCACGUCAAUGGACUUAAAUUGAUAGCCCGUGCGCACCAGCUUGUCAACGAAGGCUACAAGUACCAUUUCCCGCAAAACUCAGUCGUUACCGUAUGGUCUGCACCCAACUACUGCUAUCGGUGCGGGAACGUGGCGUCCAUCAUGACAGUCGACAAAGAUUUGAACCCGAAAUUCAGCAUCUUCUCCGCCGUUCCAGACGAGCAACGGCAUACUCCACCUAACCGACGAGGUCCAAGUGACUAUUUCCUCUAG